AUGAAGUUCCCCUUUACUGCCCUGGCGGCUCUCUCCAUCGCCACAACCGGCGUAGUGGCUAGACCAUUCGCCCCCAGCUCGACGACAAUCAAGAAGCACGCGUUGGUCGGGUACUUGCACUCUAGCUUUGCCAACGGGUCUGGUUACCUGAGGCUCGCUGAUGUGCCUGACGAUUGGGACAUAAUUGAGCUGGCCUUUGGCGAACCCACGUCUGUGACGUCCGGGGAUAUCAGAUUUUCCUUGUGUCCAAAGACAGAAUGCCCCAACGUCGAGAGCGAGGAGGAGUUCAAGGCCGCGGUAAAAGCCAAGCGGGCCAAGGGGAAGAAGGUCCUCCUUUCAAUCGGCGGACAGAACGGCCAGGUCCAGCUCUCCACGACCGAGGCACGGGAUAAAUUCGUCAGCUCUGUGGGCGGCAUCAUCGACCGGUAUGGCCUUAACGGUCUCGAUAUUGAUUUUGAGGGCCACUCGCUAUACCUUGACCAGGGGGAUACGGACUUCAAGAACCCCAAGACGCCAGUCGUCGUCAACCUGAUCUCAGCACUGAAGACCCUGAAGAAGAAAUACGGCGACGCCUUCGUCCUGACCAUGGCACCGGAGACCUUCUUCGUGCAGCUGGGCUAUUCCUCCUACGGCCCGAUGAACGGCAACGACGCCCGCGCUGGAUCCUAUCUCCCCGUCAUCCACGCCAUGCGCGACGACCUGGCGGUUCUGCAGGUUCAGAACUACAACUCUGGCCCGAUCAUCGGCCUAGACGACCAGUACCAUAACGUGGGUAACCCGGACUUCCUCGUUGCGAUGGCAGACAUGUUGAAGACCGGGUUCACCGUGGCCAGGACGAACAACACCUUCCCGCCGCUGAGAGAAGAUCAGAUUGCCAUUGGACUCCCGUCCCAGGUCAGCGCGGGCAACGGGUUCGUCGACGCCAGGGGAGUACAGGAGGCCCUGGACUGCCUGGUGAACGGCGCGGGAUGCGGAACGUACAAGCCUCGCGGGGGCAAGUCGCCGAACUUCAGGGGCCUGAUGACCUGGUCCAUCAACUGGGACGCCUUCUCCGGGUGGGAUUUCAUGAACGGCCACCGCAACUACCUCGACAGUUUGCCUUGA